CCGUUCUAAAGAAAAAUAUCUUCGCCAUUUUCAUGAACUUCACGAAACCAACUUUUCCUUCUCUUCUUCCUUCUUCCUUCUUCCUUCAUUCUUCUUUCUUCUUCCUCUCUCUGCUCUCAAGUUGGACGGACUUUCACGCAUACAAGCUCAUCCCAAAUUUCCCUUCAAUCACGCUACCAACCCUCCGAUUCACAUCCCUUUUUCAGACUCCAUUUUCACCCAAUUAACACAAAUCACUGCCGGAGCCCAGCUUCAAAUCCGCUUCUCCAAUGGAUUCCCUCUCAUCCGUCUCACCUUCCUUCGUUCUCCCUUCCAGAAACCCUCUCUCCUCCCGCCGCCGCCGAAUCACCCUCUCUUUUGGAGACCUCCGGUACCCUCUCCCUCGUGUUCGCGCCUUGUUCGGUCCCCGAUCGACGAAAUUGCGGGAAGUUUCCUGUGGAGUGGGCGGUGCCGGCGUUAACAAAGGCGACACAGAUGCUGAAGAUGGAAGCGAGGAUGUGGAUAUGGAGAUGGCACUUAGCUUAGAUGGAAAUAUUCCUGGUACUUCGAAUGAGUUUGUGAAGCGUGUUUCUUCUCGUGCUUAUGAUAUGAGGAGGCAUCUUCAUCAGACGUUUGAUAGCAGCAGUUAUGAUGUGUUGGAAGCCAAUCCGUGGAGAGAAAGUUCGAAACCUGUAUACGUAUUAACACACAAUGAGAACCAAAUAUGCACAAUGAAAACUCGGAGAAAUAGGAGUGAAGUGGAAAGGGAGCUUGGAUUAUUGUUUUCUAAAGGAGGAAAAUGGAGGCCUGAAAAUCAGAAAAAACAGUCCAAAACAGGAAUUAAAUUCCAGAUGCUUGUGGAAGAUAUUAGGGAGGGAGUACUUGUGUUUGAAGACGAAAACGAAGCUGCAAGAUAUUGUGACUUGUUGCAAGGUGGAGGCAAAGGUUGUGAAGGUGUAUUUGAGAUUGAAGCCUCAUCGGUGUUUGAUCUCUGCAAGAAGAUGAGGGCUCUUGCUGUCCUGUUCCGAAGAGGGAGGACACCUCCUUUGCCUCAAAGCCUCGAGCUUAACCUCAAAGCUCGUAAAAGAUCCCUCGAAGACCAGGACGAGUUGGUAUGAACAACAUAUUUUCACAGGAAACAUGGAACAAUGUGAUGGCAAUUAUACAGAAAAAGGCAAUGGUAUACAUACAUAUUCUCUUGGUGUAAUAUAAAUUGAUUCUCUAAUGAUCUAGUCCCAAACAGUAUCUACAAGAUAAAUUAGAAAGAUUUAGUGAGGAAGACUAUUUUCUUCCUUGAUAUUUCCGCUGUAUAUGAUUAAGUUCUCAAAUAAUACCAAAUUACACCGAUUUAGAUGUACCUAUUAUUUGAUGGAUGAACCGAAUAGUCUUAUGUUCGAAAA